CCAUUGGAAUUUAUUGUUCUUUAUGUUAAAUAUGAAGACUUCCUCUGCAACUCUUCAGCUACUUUCUCUGCUAGUCUUUCUCUCUUUCUCGACAUCAAACAAGUCGAACAUGUCGGCCUCUUCCUCCUCCUCCUUGCCGCUGUGCCCAAAGAAGAUGAUCACCCUGAAGAGCUCCGAGGGAGAGACCUUCCAGAUAGAGGAGACCGUGGCCUUGCAGUCCAAGACUCUCGAGAACAUGAUCAAGAACUGCGCUGGCACCCCGAUCCCGUUGCGGAAUAUCAGUGGCAAGAUCCUGGCCAAGGUGGUGGAGUUCUGCAACAAGCACGCCGAGGUCGGCGUCGACGCCGAGAGCCUCCGCGGUUGGGAUGCGGAGUUCGUCAACGUUGAGUACCCCACUCUCUUUGACUACAUCCUGGCAGCAAAUUUCUUGGAAAUUCCAACCUUGCUAGACUUGGCUUCUGCGGUAGUGGCAGACAUGAUGAAGGGUAAAACCCCAGCUGAGAUACGCAAAAUUUUCAAUAUCAAGGAUACAUUCUCACCCGAAGAGGAAGAGGUGUGUAGGGCGAACCCGUGGGCAUUUGAAUGAAGCCUCGGAGAAUUCCUGGGUCCUGUCAUAUGUUAAUAUUAUGAAAGGAGUUCUGUUUCCUUUGCUGCCUUAAUAUGGAUCGGACAUUGGCUCGAUGAAUGUUCACUUCUCACGCGGUGAAAACUUUUGUGAGUUUUUCUGAUAUGAUACGGAAUGAAUGUUCAAGCAAUAAUUUCACGGAUUUAGUACUUAGUAAGGAUUUGAUAUCCCAGUGUGUGCUUGCAUCUUGGUGAGGACUCCAGGAAGCAGGAUGAAUAUGAACUACUUUGCCAAAGGAAAGCCAUGAACGUUGCUGCUGGUUGGUGCUGCUGAUGCCUUGCGCAAAGGAUGAGAUGUCCCGUGCCUCGAACAAGACUUGAAAGCUAGAAUCCCUGGAAAAACGAGCCAUGUCAUGACAAGCGUAUGGAAUUGAGUAUUGAAACCUACCGAUCGUAGAGUGAGAAGUCCAAGAAGACUGAAAAUUUGAUGGAAGUAUCGCACAAUCGAUUGUGACCGAGUGCCCGAUGCAGCGCCUCUUCCUUGUGCAUAUGAAAGAUAAAAAGCCUUUUGAUGUGCAUUCCACGCUCAUAAAAUAAGCCUGUCAAAUAUAUCUUUUCAAUAAGCGUGAAAUGUAAGGACAUCAGAGGUUGAUCAGAGUUGUUGACCUUCGGUUUAUGAUGAAUAAAAGGAGAGACUAUCAAAUAUAAUUUUUGAUC